CGCUAGAGGAACGCCGCUUCGGUGGUGUCGGCAGCUUUUCCGCGCUAUGCACCACUGCGAUCAUCUGCUCUCAGGGAAAAUGAACAACUCCCAGUUUCGCCGACUGCUGCUCAGCGACCAGCCCAAGCAGCAGGAUGGGAGUAAGCAGAGUGCAUCACCGGCCUCGCGCACGCCUGGUGGCGCACUCGGUGCACGCAAGCAUUCAAGCAUCCCCAUGACACCGCGCCAGGUAGGCAGAGGCACAGUGCAGGCAGACUUUGCUCGCCAACUGGCAGAGCGUAAUGCGAAAGCGAAUCCACAGAAGAAGCCCCGCGCUUCAGCACCCAAAGGCACCCGGCUUGCCGAUGGCUACACCGAUCGAACGAAAGAACGGGUCAGCGAGGAAGACAACGAGAUCGCCAAACGCAUCAAAAACCUCGACGAAGCGAUGAAGCUCGGACAAAUCGACCGCGAGACAUUUGAGAAGCUUGUGUCGGAAAUCACAGGCGGCGAUGUCAGCAUGACACAUCUAGUCAAGGGACUAGACAGGAGACUGCUUGAGCGAGUGCGGCGGGGCGAGGACGUUUUGGGCGGCGAUCAGACUCCAUCGGCCAAAGUGGACGAAGAGGGGGAAGCUGGUGAAGACUUCGAGGAUGCCUUUGACGAGCUAGCUGAUGCAGAUGUUGGCCCCGUCAGUCGCGAGAAGGUUGAGAAGAAGGGCGAAAGGAUGCUAGCACCGCCACCGCCAGUCGCAGGCGCGAAACGGACACGAGCGGACAUACUGGCAGAGCUGAAGCGACAACGCGAGGACGCAGCGAAAGCAGCAGAAGCAGAGCACGAGAGAAGAUUCCCAACAUUAGGUCCCGGUUUUCGAAAAGUCACCUCUCAGGGCGAGCAAUCGAGGAUUGAGAUUGACGAAAAGGGCCGCGAGGUCUUGAUUAUCAGAGGGCCCGACGGGAAGGAGAAGAGGAAAGUCAGGAAGCAGAAGGUUGAGGAACAGCUGGUCCCCGAAAUGCGGCAUGAUCUGGACGAUGUAACGAAGCCAAUAAACAUGCACAACCUGCCAGAACCAAAGAAGCAAGAAGAGUCAGAGGAUGAGGAUAUAUUCGCAGGGGCCGGGUCGAGUUACAACCCUCUUGCGAGCCUCGGUGAUGACGACGACGACGACGACGAAGACUUAGAUCAAGCGGGAGAAGCUGCCGCAGACACUAUCAUCGAGAAAGAGUCUGCAAUAUUGAAACUUGAUCCUGCAGCUUCCGGGAUACCUGAACCAGGUCUCGCAGUGGAAACACCGAAGUCCAGCCAGCCUCUUCGAAGUGUGAAAAGAGAUUACUUCAACUCCGGGAAUCUUCAGAAUAACGCUUCUAACACCACCCCUAAUGUUUCCUCUGCGGAUGCUACCGUCCGUGCUGCUCUGGCCAAGGUGCGAAAUCUUGAUGAAAAAUCAAUGCUUCUACAGAAUCUAUCCUCUGCCGACGCGGAUUCUGAGGAAGCUCGUCUCAAGAAACGUGCCGCCGCUCUUGCAGCAUCAGAUCGGGACAUGGAAGACAUAGACUUGGGCUUUGGCGAGUCGCGCUUCGAUGAUGCUGAUGAGAUGGAGCAAGACGGAGAGAGAGUCAAAUUCAGCGAAUGGAAGGGACUCGGCGCUGGUGGCGACGACGACGAUGACGGUGAUGGGCCAAAGGCAGCGAAGAAGAGGAAGCGAGCACCAAAAAGGAGGAAAGGAGACGCCAACAAUGCUGACGAUGUCCUCAAAGUAAUGGAAAGACAGAGAAUAGAGAAGUCGAAGCCUUUAGGAUAGAGCAUCUGAUCAUAGUAAUUAUUUUCACACUACACGCAAAAGGCUUUUGAAUAGCCGUAGACUAUCCUCGAGUCUGAAAACUGUUCUGGACGUCUACUGAGGGUCUCGCCGGUACAUCUGUCACAUGCUGCACUUGACAAGGUCAGAUACGCUAGUGCGUCAUUGAGACUUACAAGCGACGUACAGAAACAGCCACCAA